CCCUGCGUCUGCGUGCGUACGUUGUUUUAGUUAGUAUGAGGAUACGGGACAAGACCUGCAUCGCGAUUGUGGCAAUGCCCACUGUCGUGGGAUUCAUCCUCUGCCGCCUGUUGCGCGAGUGGCCGGAGUUGGCAAGAGAAGCUCUUUUGUGCUCCGGCCUUGCGCUCACCAUGUGCGGCCUCGGGUGUCUGCUGCUCCGAGCCAUCACCAAACUCAAGAACGAGAUUGCCACGCUACGUCGAGAUCCAGUUAUCAAGCAAAGAAUCCUCGAGUUGGAGAAGAAGGCCUCCUCCUCCUCCGAUGGAAUGUAGUUUGAUCUUCUAGCUUAAUUUGUUUUCAUGGUUAUUGUUAUUGUUGUUGUUAGUCCAUGCAAAAGGAGAGACGUACGUUUGCUGGUGGGUUUAGUUGCAGGGUCCAUACGGUUUUGUUCUUAUGAUCAAAGAUUUCAUUUAUCACGGGUAGAAUCUCGUUUCUUUGUCGGAUCAACGGUGCAAAGUUGGUUUUUGUUUUUUUUUUUCUUUUGUCGAGCACUGCUAUUAUGUUUUAACGCAUUGGUGUUUUAAAGUACAAUUUCAAAUUGUACCAGAAAAGUAUUUAUACAAGGGAAUAUAAGUACAAUAUGAAA